AUGGCGUCCCAAAAGUCCAUCACCCAAUUGCUAUUAAAUCUCAUCCACAAACGAGCACCCGAACUUUUUCCCGAUGGACCUCCUCAAGAAGCUGAACCUUGUCUAAUUUGCAAGAAAGAAAUCCUGGAAUCACUUGCUUUUUUUAAAUGUAGACCUUUGUUUCGUUCAACGCGAUGUCCAGAGUACCAUAACCCUAUCAACGAAAAAAUUGGCAUAAAUGAAGCACGAAAAGUAGAAAAGCUGUUAAUAUUUUUGCGCGAGCUACAGGGUGAUAUAAUGGAUGAAGAUGAUGUCCUGGCAGAUUAUCGGCAUCGGGGAAUCUUCGUAACGUGUACCGAAAACUUGGAAAAAAUGAAUCUCAGAGCAUAUAUUGUUAUUUUGAAUUUGGCAUAUCUUCCUGCGUUCAGAUGUUUGGAGGCAGUCUGUUGGGCGUCCCUUAAGCAUACGUGUUUAAGGCAUAUGUCCCAGUAUGCUGUUUUCCAGGAUGCGUUCACCAUACCUACUGUCGUUAGGCAUAUCUUCCUGCGUUCAGAUGUUUGGAGGCAGUCUAUGUUUGAAUCCAUUGUGAUGGAAUAUCUCGAUAAGACGAAAUGUAAAGAUUGGUCAGUCUUUGGAAUUCUUGAAUUUGCGCGAUCGAACUCGAAAUUAUCAGUGGCAACAAUUGACGAUUUCAAGGAAGAUUUAUACUCAAUAUUAUGUAGCUAUAACGACAAAUGUAACAUCCACGUAUUUGCCAAAAACAAGGCGGCGAAGAUUCUAUCAAAUUUUGACUCAGUUUUCUCGAGUACCAAAGUGAGACAAUUUAUUAAAGAUCUUGAAUAUCAUGAGGAAGCGCGAAUAAAUGUAACAUCAACUUACACUGCCACAGUAUUAGAGGAUCAACGAGAAAACCAAAAACUUAUCGAUCAUUUACGAGAGACAUCCAAUUUAGAAAAGGGAAAGGAGCGUGAAAAAAUUACUAGACCACUUGAUGCGGAAGAUGAUGACCAUUCGCAUAAACGUCAGCGUAAUGAUGAUGAACUUUCAGAUUCGAUAAAGAUUUCAGAUUAUGAAGAAUUCUUCAUUGAAUGGGAAUUUGAUACACUGAUACUAAAUUGGAUAGAACGAUUAUCGCAAACUCAUCAGUCAUUGAUGUCUGAUGUUUUUCAAUAUGAUCAAAAAACUCGUUACGUAUUAUCAUCAAAUCCAUUCUGGUGGAAAAUCGUUGAUAUAUCUGAUCCAAAAAUCACGGACCUUAUGUCGAAUGAAGAAUUAUCGGAGCUAAAUUCAAAAUUUUCAUCUAUUUUGGAAAACUGGAAAAUAUUAGAACCCGAAGCAGAAAGAUGCAUACAAUCUCUUGAAAAGCUCGAUAAUGAUCAGCUUCGCAUUAUUGGUGAAACAGUUAGACCAAAAGGAACGUAUGGAGCCAUUCUUGAACUUCAAAAAUUAUUGGAAAAUAAAAAGGAACAGAAAGCCUUGGAAUUUGACAAUUUAUUUGGAGAUGAAAAAGAUUUUACCAAAGAGGAUGGUGGAGAUCACAAAGAGAUUUUAUCACUGACUCUCGAAGAUCAUACAAAUCCAGAUGUCGCUUUUAUUUUUGAUUUAAUUCGAUAUACAUGUGAAAUGAUCGCAAAAGGAAUUACUCAACGAUCUAAUUCUGAACGAGAUAUCGAUAUCUUUAUAAAGAGACAUAUUUUUUCUUGUUUCGAUACGAUUUUAGACAGCCAUUUUGGUGAGGUGGUGUCGAGAGCAUCCAGAAAUCGUCGGGCAGAGGCAGUAAAUGCACCCAGUAAUGCCGAGGGUUAUCAUUUGGAUUGGAUGUUCACGAGGCAUGAUCUGGAUAGGGAACUAUGUAGGGGUCGUGAAUUUUCUCUUUGUGAACGCACCGGUUCAAAAACGGAAGACACGCCCAAAAUCUUCUCAAAUACUCUCAAAGUGCAAAAAACUUUAAGAGAUAUGCACCGAAAUUUAAUCGAAACGAUAUCUACCGAGGGAGGUGGGACACUGUCAAGACCGGUUCUCCAAGCGAGCACAAAAUUGUUGAUGCCCGGAUUUCUGUCGUCAUACUUUUUUAUGCGCGCAAUUCUUAUUAUCUACGUUGGGGGUGGAUUUUAUGCAUCCGCGAAUUUAGCUGAUUUCUACAUUCCAUCGAAAUAUCAAGAACUCGAAUUUAUCAUUAAAAUAUCACGGUCUAUGCUCCAGAUAAAAAAAUUAUUAUCAGUUACUAUCUCCUGGUUCAAGAAAAUGAAGAACAGGGCUGAAAAAGAGAAAUUUAUAUCUGGGAAGGUGGAGCCAUCUCCUACAAAAGAUAUUUCACCACCUAUCGAGAGCCAUUCUGAUGAGGAGAAAGGUAUUACUCCUAAUCCCUUGCCUAAAAUAGAACAUAGCUCAACCCAAUCUGAAUCUUCAGCAUCACCUAUUCACACAGAGACUAAAAAAUCAGAGGACGAGGACUUUAAAAUCUUGGAUAGAGCACAAAAAGAAACGAUUAGUGAGAAAAUGAGAGAAAAGAACCGGGAAAAGAAACUUCAAGGAUCACUUAAUAAAUAA